AUGAAGGAAGGUGAGAAGGUAUUGGAUCCACAGCUAUGGCACGCGUGUGCAGGUGGCAUGGUUCAGAUGCCGCAAGUGAACUCCAAAGUCUUCUACUUCCCACAGGGUCACGCUGAACACGCUCAUACCAACAUUGAUCUCAGGGUUCCGCCACUUAUUCUCUGCAACGUUGAAGCCGUGAAGUUCAUGGCGGACCCAGAAACCGACGAGGUCUUCGCCAAACUGAGUCUGGUUCCUCUCAGAAACUCGGACCUUGGUCCGGACUCGGAGGGGGGUGCUGACGCGGCGGAGGCUUCGGAGAAACCUGCGUCGUUCGCGAAGACUCUGACGCAGUCUGACGCCAACAAUGGUGGCGGUUUUUCGGUGCCACGGUACUGCGCGGAGACCAUUUUUCCGCGGCUGGACUACUCGGCGGAGCCACCGGUGCAGACGGUGGUGGCGAAGGACGUGCACGGGGAGACGUGGAGGUUCCGGCACAUAUACCGAGGGACGCCACGUCGGCACUUGCUGACGACAGGUUGGAGCAGUUUCGUGAACCAGAAGAAACUGGUGGCUGGGGAUUCUGUGGUGUUUCUGAGGUCUGAGAAUGGAGACUUGUGUGUUGGGAUUCGGAGGGCAAAGAAGGGAAUUGGGUGUGAGGUGUGGAACUCCGCUUCUGGUUCAGGGUGUGGAAGUGGAGGUGGAAGUGGGAAUUGUGGGAUUGGCCCUUAUGGGCCUUUCUCUUUUUUCUUGAGAGAGGAGAAUAAGAGUUUGAGGAACGGUGGUGGUGGGAAUUUGAGUGGAAGGGCUAAAGUGAGGCCUGAGGCUGUUGUUGAAGCUGUGACACUCGCUGCUGCUAAUAAACCUUUUGAGGUUGUUUAUUAUCCAAGAGCCAGUACUCCCGAGUUUUGCAUUAAGGCUUCUGCUGUGAGGGCUGCUAUGAGGAUCCAGUGGUGUUCUGGGAUGAGGUUCAAGAUGGCCUUUGAGACUGAGGAUGCUUCCAGGAUUAGUUGGUUCAUGGGAACCAUUGCUUCUGUUCAGGUUCUUGACCCCAUCCGCUGGCCUAAUUCCCCAUGGAGGCUUCUUCAGGUAACAUGGGAUGAGCCAGAUUUACUGCAAAAUGUGAAGCGUGUUAGCCCGUGGUUGGUUGAAUUGGUAUCAAACUUGCCAGUCAUCAAUUUCACACCCUUCUCUCCACCAAGAAAGAAGCUGCGGUUUCCGCAGCACCCAGAAUUCCCCCUUGAUGUUCAAUUUCCAAUACCAACGUUUUCAGGCAACCAGCUCGGGCCUAACAACCCCUUGUGUGGUUUUUCGGAUAACGCUCCUGCAGGCAUACAGGGAGCCAGGCAUGCUCAAAUUGGAACAUCACUAUCAGAUCUCCACCUUCAUAAGAAACUGCAGUUGGGGUUGCUUCCAUCUAAUAUUCAGCAACUUGGAGUGUAUAGUGGGAUUUCUAAUGGUACCACUACCAACCAUGAUAAGAGCAAAGAAAGCUUAUCACACUUGCUGACCGUGGGGAAAUCUAGCAAGAAUUUGGAGAAAUCUGAUGAUGUUAAGAAACAUCAGUUUUUGCUUUUUGGUCAACCAAUACUCACCGAACAACAAAUUUCUAGAGAUGUGUUGUCUCUUGGGAAAAAAUCACCGGAUGAUGUUAAGGAAAAAGAGAAGUACGUUUUGGAUAAUUCCCAAUCUGCACUCUCACAGCAGUUUUCACCAGGGAAACCUUCUGCUGCUGAGUUCUCUUGGCAACUUAGCUUGGAUACUGGUCAUUGUAAAGUUUUCUUGGAGUCAGAUGAUGUAGGAAGGACCCUAGACCUAUCACGGCUUGGUUCUUAUGAAGAGCUGUAUAGGAGACUUUCCAACAUGUUUGGGGUUGAAAGAUCUGAGAUUCUGAAUCACGUGUUCUACUAUGAUGCAGCAGGUGCUGUUAAGCAAACUGGAGAAGAACCCUUCAGUGAAUUCAUGAAGACAGCGAAAAGAUUGACAAUUCUGACGGAUUCAGGCAGUAAAAAUGUUAAAAGGGCCUAUAUUACAGGAACUCGGAAUGUUGAACACGGACUUGAUGCAUCAAAUAAAACAGGCCCUCUGAGCAUAUUUGCUUAA